UCUCCUCCUCCCUCCCUUCCCUCUCCACACCUCAAACCUCCAAACCCAUCAUCAUUUCUCCUUUCCAACGCCAAUUCCUAACAAUGGCACCAUCCCUCCCCCUCCUUUUCUCGCUCCUCCUCUUUGCCGCCGCAGCUUCCGCCGACGACUACGGCUGGCAAGGUGCCCACGCAACCUUCUAUGGAGGCGGCGAUGCUUCCGGCACAAUGGGAGGGGCUUGUGGCUAUGGAAAUCUAUACAGCCAGGGGUACGGCACCAACACCGCAGCACUGAGCACAGCAUUAUUCAACAACGGCAUGAGCUGCGGAUCAUGCUACGAAAUGCGGUGCGAUGAUGAUCCCAGAUGGUGCCUGCCUGGCUCCAUCAUCGUCACAGCCACAAACUUUUGCCCACCCAACAACGCCCUGCCCAACGACAACGGCGGCUGGUGCAACCCUCCCCUCCAGCAUUUCGAUCUCGCCGAGCCUGCCUUCCUCCAGAUCGCUCAAUACCGCGCCGGCAUUGUCCCCGUCGCCUUCCGCAGGGUCCCCUGUGCCAAGAAAGGAGGUAUUCGAUUCACAAUUAACGGCCACUCCUACUUCAAUCUUGUUUUAAUCACCAAUGUCGGUGGCGCCGGAGACGUGCACGCGGUGUCUAUCAAGGGAUCGAACACCGGAUGGCAAGCGAUGUCCCGAAACUGGGGACAGAAUUGGCAGAGCAACUCGUUCCUCAACGGGCAGAGCCUUUCAUUCCAAGUGACCACCAGCGACGGCCGCAUCAUCACCAGCAACGACGGCGCCGGCGGGAUGGCAGUUUGGCCAGACCUUCGAGGGCAGCCAGUUCUGAUCUCUACUAUUACUGAUUAAUUGAGAGUUGUGAGCCAGACUAGGAGCUGUGGUUGCUUCAUAUUGUUUAGCACCCGCUGAGGCUUUUCUCAUUAUAGUUAGCUAUAACGUGUACCAAUUAACUAGAAAUAUUUAUUAAGGAUUUGUGUAAGUGUAAUGCGGUGGUGUUGGAAGGAAGGCGAGCCCGCAUGGGCAUGGAGUUUCUGGAAAGGAGACUUAUGGUUCUCACAUGGGUGAUAUAAAUUUGUGCUUUGGACGGAUAUGUAAUAUGAUCCGCUGAUAAAGAUACUAUGGUUUGUUAGUCGUUACAAGGGGGUUUUCUUUAU